GCAGGUUUGGCUCGUUCGCAGAGCUUGACAAGACGACGAGAUGGGCCGCAAGAUCGCGGGCUACAACAUGGUGGCCUUGCCGACGGCCGACGAAGGCGCCUUCGCGAGCUACAUCUACGUGACCAAGCACACAGCCAAGUCGGACGGCGCCGGCGAAACCGAGCUGGCGGCCGACCGCACGGCGUACGUGGUCAACCUGCCCCGCCACACGAGCGUUGAGAGCCUCACCGCCUUGCUCGCGCGUGUGGGGCCGAUCCAGCACGUGGCGCUGGGCACCGAGUCGCCGGGCGUCGCGACGAACGCGCACGUGGUUUUCAAGGACAAGGCGUCGCUCACAAAGCUUCUCAAGCUCUCGGCGUUGCCGGCGACCGAGGACGAUGCGGCGUCGGAGCCGAUGGACGUGGUCGAAGCUGCCAAGGCAGCGUACCAAGCCGCGCGACCGGGUCUCCAAGCGUUAAAGAACGACGCCGACGAGUUUAUGAUGAACUUUGACGCGGAAGAAGAAGCGGAGCGCAAGGAGCGAGAAGAAAUGAAGAACCGCAUCGACGACGACGGCUUUCAGAUGGUUGUCAACACGAAGCGCAAGCGUCAAGAGGCCGCCGAGCUCCUCCCGUUCCGGAAGAAGCAGAAGAGCAAGGAGCUCACCGACUUUUACCGCUUCCAACUGCGCGAAAAGAAGCGCGGCCAGACGUUGCGCGAGCGCUUUGACGAAGACCGGCAAAUGGUCGACAAGCUCAAGAAAGCCAAUAAAUUUAAGCCCCAAACGGGCAUGGACUAA